GCUCUCAGCUUCCGGUCCUGCCUCUGAGGCUUCCGCCAUCAUGGUGCGGAAGCUUAAGUUCCACGAGCAGAAGCUGCUGAAGCAGGUGGACUUCCUGAACUGGAAGGUCACUGAUCACAACCAGCACGAGCUGCGCGUGUUGCGGUGUUACCGGCUGCAGCCGCUGGAGGACUACACGUGCUACAACCAGCUGAGCAGUGCUGUGCGUGAGCUGGCGCGGCGCCUGCGCGACCUGCCAGAACGCGACCCGUUCUGCAUACGCGCUUCCGCCACGCUGCUGGACAAGCUGUAUGCUUCCGGCCUGGUGCCCACGCGCGGUUCGCUGGAGCUCUGUGAUUUGAUCACGGCCUUGUCCUUCUGCCGCAGCCGCCCUCUCACCGUGCUGCUCAAGCUGCGCGUGGCGCAGCACCUUCAGGCUCCCGUGGCUUUUGUGGACCAAGGCCACUUACGCGUGGGCUCUGACGUGGUUACCGACCCCGCCUUCCUUGUCAUGCGCAGCAUGGAGGACUUUGUCACUUGGGUCGACUCCUCCAAGAUCAAGCAGCAAGUGCUAGAGUACGAGGAGCGCGAUGACUUCGAUCUGGAAGUCUAGCGGCUCUACCACUUUCCACGGUUGUCUUUUACAGAUGGGAAAACUGAGGCCUGAUGCUGGAGAUUCUCUGAGGGUGCUCUCCCCAAGGGUGUCGGACGGUCGUAGGUUCUUAAGAACUUGAUUCAUCAAUGGCAGGCCAUGCACAGAG